GCACAAACACACUCACACACAUGUAUUUAUUAUCUGCCUCCAAUCUCCAUUCUCCAUUCUCCGUUUCGUCGAUCAUAAGCUCCACAUCCGAUCUCAUCAUCUCAAUGCACGUUCUCAAUCGUACAUCUACCUGAAGUGAGAACUACAAUUAUCUGAAAAGGAAAUCAAGAACAAAUCAAAGAAGCCUGACACUCAACAAUCAUGAAGAUCAUCGUUGCCAUACUCUUUGCUCUCUCAAUCGUUAGCGUGACAGGCCGGUCAGGGCGCGUUCGGCCCGAUCCUACCGAGUUUAGUCUACUUGACGCCCUGCAAUACGCUUGCACGGACAUUCUUCCUGGAUUGGAUCAUUUGAACUAUUUCAGUGAUCACUUUAGCGAUUUGAAGAUUGGACUGCAACCCAUAUGCACCGUCUUCCAAGAGGCUGGCGGUCCUUCCGAAUUUGACGCUACAGCAUUCUGCAUUUUCGUCGGCGAUUAUCUCCAGCUCGGUGGCCUAGACCUGUUACACUAUCAUGGUAUUGGUUCUGAAAGUAAGCUGGAAAGGCUAGCCUUCUUUUUCAACAGAAUCUUUUCCAAUACCACCCGAAACCUAUAUGGAAUCGACCUCAGCAACCUCACAACCAUCUGUCCCAACGCACAUCGGUUAUUUCAACCUCCUCUCCAGAAACUCCUUGAAGAAUCAACGAAAGAGUAUUACACCGAGCUGCUAACCGCCCUCAUCCCCGAGAUCAAAUUCAUUUGCCAGGACUGGAAAAGAUACUUUGCUAGUUUGGGCGUGCCGGACGACUCUCCUUACCAGCAGUUGGUGGGUAGUCUUGUAGACAUCGUUCCGGAACUUAUGGGGCUUCGAAGUUAUGAGAGCCUGUGUAAGCAGUUGAAACCAUGGUUAAGUCUAGAUUAUGCUAGUCGGAGGUCGAUCUCCAGUACGUUCGUCAACCUGAUGAAUGAAAAGUUGUAGUGCUCAACAACCGAUUCAUCCUCCCAUGCCUCUACAACUAGGAUCCCAGAACUGGACAGAACUGUGUGCCUCAUUAGGCGCCCAACAAGACCGCAUUAAGGCCCGUUCAGAUAUGUCGCGGUGAACCACCGCCAAAAAAGCCGCUGUUUUUCUCCGUGUAAAUGAAUGAAGACUUAACGUUAUCCAAAAACAAGAAAAAGAAAUCGCGGAUUUGCUGAGGCAUAUCUGAAUGAGGCCUUAGAUUACAACUACAAACGCUUUAAUUAAAGAGUAGGUUAAGUUCUGGUAGAGGUGAAAACAAGAUUUGUGAGCUUUCUCUUUCCUUUCAAUUUAGUGUAGAAGAAUAACUUUUUGUUAAAAGAUUGGUCCCUGAAUAGGAUGGCUCGACAAACUAUGCAUGCUAUUCGAUAUGGCAAGAAAUAUCUAGAGUGUUUAGACUAAACUUUCAUGCAACAUUUCUUGAUAUGUUGGUUCUUCUAAAACCACGUAUAACCAUGGACCUACUACACGUACAGCAUAAUACAGCAAUCUCAUGUGUUAAAUUGUUAAUUACAACCUUUUCCAAUAAUUGCAUCCGAACACUUUCUGUCACAAUGCAAUCACAUGACCGGAAUUGAACUUUAUUAUCUUUAAGUAAAAUACGCAGUUGAAGAUAUAUUAUAUUUUCUACGAGAUAUACAUAUAUGCCCACUGCAAAGGAGGCUCCAUUUUGGCUGACGCAUGAAUGCGUCAAUAAUAGAUCUUUGGCGCACGAUGAGAAAGUCGUUUCGUACAAAUGUGGGUGCACUAUACACAGUUUAAAAAAUUAAAAAAGUAUGUUUAAUUACUGACGUAAGGGCUAUUUUUCUUCCUCGACACAGUUUUGAUUAACGAAGGUUAUGACGCUUUUAAAGGUCGCCUCGUGAUGGGUAGCAGGCAUUAUCCUACAAAAAUGCUAUUAAAAGAGUUUCGUCAGCGUUUUUCAACCUUUUCAUAGUCAACAAGACAACCUUUACAGAAAUAGGGAAUAAAAAGUUUCUUGUCACCCCUUCCCAAAUUCAUAACAGAAGAUUCAUUUUGCAUCACGCUGGUAGUCGUAAGUGCCAUAUACACGUAUGGGCACAUUCUUCUUUUUUAAUUGCGAGUAACCGAAGCGCGAGCACAACAUGCUCGGUCACCUCACGAAUAUGUGGAUAUUCGGUCAACUCGUUGCCUAGAAUCAGCCUGUUUCUAUACAUUCCGAGCGAGUAAAGCGAACGAGCAUGGUAUAAUUUAUUUUCGAUAGAAAAAAAAAGAUAUAUAAGAAAUAUCCGGACACCUCCCUGUCAUAUUCUGGCACCCCAAUUCCAAAAUAACGAGACAUUCAGGCACUCAAAAUCACAGCUUAAAAUCAGAUUCUAAAUUUUGCGAGCGAGGUAAGUGAGCCAGGUGAAAAUAACACUUUUUUUCAAAUAUUAUUUCAUAAUGAAAAUAGAUAGCCGUUGAUAUUAUUUUGCUUCACGAAUUUGACUUUUAUUUAAAAAUGCAUCAACAAUAGAUCUUUGAUAAAUUUCUCUCGCGGCACCCUUAUAGGUGUUUGACGUCACGCCGGUCGAAAAACGCAUAGUAUUCCUAUUCCUAUGUUUAAAGUAAUGUAUUGAAAUUUAAGUAAAUGUGUAUUUUAAAUUUGUACUAGAUUUCCCACGAACUUGCGUGAGUGCGGGUGUGUGUAUGUGUAAUGUGUAGGCGUGUAUGUGUGUGUGUUUGCUUCUAAAGUUGGAGCAGCUUAGACUUUAAUGUUAAUUAAGAUUUAUUUUCCUCUCCACCGUGAGCUUGUUAAAGUGUAACUCUACUUUGCAGCCUGGUAACUUAUUGAGUAUAUUUCUGAUAUAGUGAUUAGUUUGUGUGUGUGUGUGUGUGUGUGUUUAUAUAUGUGUGCGAGUGCAUGUGUGUGUGUGUUGUGUGGGUGUGUUUGUGUGAGGGAGUGUGGCAUGACGGAGCAGGACUUUGUCCUUUGUACCAAUAAAAUAACCUCCAGAUGUGUUAAUGUUUUUUUUUAUAUAGAGUAAAUAACAUGUUCAAUUGAUUUAUAAAUAAUGAUUAUGUACUUCAAGUUCAUUUUGUUACUCAGUUAAAUAUACUGUAAAUUAUGUUUUGUUCAAUUAUGUUUAUUUAUAAGCAAUUAAUAUUGAAAAGGUUUAUUUACUUCAUUCAAUUGUAUGUUGUUCUUGUUUGUA